CACCGCCACCAGCGCCGCGGCCACUCUCGCUCGCCAGUCCGUCGACUCCGCCCCCCUCCGUCCACUUGCCGCGCUCCACAUCUCCCGGAGCGCGGCGCGCCGUAGCCCGGCGCCGCCGCGGCCCGGCGGCAUGAAGAGCCUGUGGAAGCAGAGCGGCGGCCUGGUGUGCGCGGACGCGGGGCCCCUCAGCCCGCUCGGCGGCCGCGGCUCGCGGCGCCGCGCCAGGCUCAUCCUGUACGGGUUCGCGGCCGCCUUCGCCGCGCUCACCGCCUACGUCGCCCUCGCCGCGCCCUCCUCCGCGGGCGGCGCCGGCGCCGGCGAGGCGGCGGGAGGCGCCUCGUGGUUCGGCGGCGUGUACGCGUCCACGGCGCCGUACCGCUCGCAGAUUUCAAGCUUCUUCUCGUCCAUCCUGCCCGCCGACGCGCCCGCCCACUCGCCGGGCCCUCUGCGCGCCCCGGCAGGCGGAUCGGGCGGCGGCGGGGGCAAGGUGAGCGGUGGACCAGUGGGGAGUGCCGCGGGAAGCAACAGCUCUGCCGCGCCUGGGUCUGGUAAGCAGUUGGGAAGUGGCGCUGGUGCUCCGAUCGGCAAUGCCGGCCGUGGGAGUGUGCCUCCGGCCAGCGAUUUGGCCGGAACCACCAUCAGCGGCAAGGGCGGAGGCGGAGCUCCGACGAAUAAUUCUGCGUCGAGUGGCGGUGCGCCGAACGGCGCGGUGGAUCGGAAUAAUGGAAACGGCGGAGGCGUUUCCAGUAGUAGGGCGGGAGGCGGCAGUGGAUCCCCAGCCAGUAGUGCCGCCGGAGACGGAGCCGUGGCGGAGACUGACAAGCAGUCGGGAAGUGGAAGCGGAGCCCCGAGCAACGCUGCUGCCGGACAAGGCAGCACUGUGAGAGCCGAGGCCAAAGUUGGAGAUUCUGUUCCCAGCAAUAAUUCUGCUGGGAGUAGCAGCUCGCAGAAGAUUGAUUUGAGCACUGGAUCUUCUAAUAAUCAGGCUGGAAAUGGAAGUGGCGUUCCAACCAGUGGUUCUGCUUCUGGAAAUAGCAGCUCGUUGAAGGCCGACGCACAAGUUGCUGCUGGAGCCGGGAAAAGUGGUUUUUCUGGAAGUGGCACAGAAAAGAAGGCUGAUCUGAGUAAAAGUUCAGAUGCUCAGCCAGGGAGUGGAAAUGAAGAUUCAAGCCAUAAAUCAACUGGAAAUUCUAGUCUGGCGAAGAGCACAGAUAGAAAUGCUGGUUCGAAUAAUAGUUCCGAUGCUCAGCAAGGGAGUGGAAAUGGAGAUGCAAGCAGUAAAUCAACCGGAAGCUCCAGUCCGGCAAUGAGCACAGAUAUGAAGGCUAGUUCAAAUAAUAGUUCAGAUGCUCAGCCAGGGAGUGGAAGUGGUGAUGCAAACCAUAAAUCAGCUGGAAGUUCUACUUCGGCGAAGAGCAAUGGCGGAGGUGAGCGUAAUGGUACAAGUGUGAGUGCUGUUCCAACUAGUAAUCAAACGGGCAGUCUGGCAUUGGCAGGGGAGAAAGAAGUUGGAUCUCCCAGGAAGAACAACACGGUUGUAGCAUCUCCAGCUGUUAGGAAUCAGGAACAGACAAGCAGUGGAGUUGCUUCUGGUGGAAGCAGUGGUACAGUAAAUAAGCAGAAGGGAGAUGCUACUCAGGAUGAUGGUUCUAGUGGAAACAAGAAAGUUGAUUGGUUCAAGCAGGUGGCCAGUUGUGAUAUGUUCCAUGGGCAUUGGGUUAGGGAUGACUCCUACCCUCUCUACCCUGAGGGAUCAUGUCCUCACAUUGAUGAGCCCUUUGACUGCUAUCUCAAUGGUCGGCGAGAUCUAGCUUACCAGAAGCUCCGUUGGCAACCCAGUGGAUGCAGUAUUCCAAGAUUGAACCCGACAGACAUGUUGGAGAGGCUGAGAGGAAAAAGACUUGUUUUCGUCGGUGACUCACUCAAUAGGAACAUGUGGGAAUCCCUUGUGUGUAUUUUGAGGAAUUCUGUCAAAGACAAGAGGAAGGUUUUUGAGGCAUCUGGCAGGCGUGAAUUUAAGACCGAAGGCUCAUACUCCUUCCUGUUCACGGAUUACAACUGCAGCGUGGAGUUCUUCCGCUCCCCAUUCCUAGUCCGGGAAUGGGAGAUGCAAGUCAGCGAUGGAAAGAAAAAGGAAACUCUCAGGCUAGAUCUGGUUGAGCAAUCGUCUCCGAAGUACAAGGAUGCGGACUUUCUAAUCUUCAAUACUGGCCAUUGGUGGACACAUGAGAAAACUGCUCUGGGGAAGGACUACUAUCAAGAAGGCAACCACGUGUAUAGUGAGCUUAAUGUCGUGGAUGCCUUUCAUAAAGCUCUUCUCACCUGGUCCAAGUGGAUUGAUGCCAAUGUUAACCCCAAAAAAACCACUGUGCUAUUCAGAGGCUACUCAGCAUCUCAUUUUAGUGGCGGCCAAUGGAAUUCAGGUGGAAGCUGCGACAAGGAGAGUGAACCGAUAACAAAUGAGCAGUACCUUUCAACUUACCCACCAAAGAUGAGCAUUUUGGAGGAUGUGAUCCACGAGAUGAAAACUCCAGUUGUCUACUUGAACAUAACUAGAAUGACUGACUACAGAAAGGAUGCCCACCCGUCCAUUUACCGCAAGCAGAACCUGACCGACGAGGAGAGGAGAUCGCCCGAGAGAUAUCAGGACUGCAGCCACUGGUGCCUACCUGGAGUACCAGAUUCCUGGAAUGAGCUGCUUUAUGCUCAACUUUUGAUCAGACAGCAUCAAAUGCGCCAACAAUAAAGGCAAGUAGGGUUUUUGCUGGGUGCUUGUAUAUGAUCUGUUGUUGUCUAGGAUAAUAGUCAACACGGUGAUCAAAUCAUCAAAUUAAGGUCAACACGAGACCUUGGGUUUUUUCUAAAUCCAUAUAGAGAGUAAACUGUGUCCAGUUAGUGUUACCUCUCAAUAACAACACAGAUUCUUCAGUAGAGGCUUAUGGGACGUGAUAUUGUAAAGUUCAUAUCUAGCUAUAAUCAGAAAUAAGAAAAUAGUAUAGAUGUGAUGAUAUA